CUUCAUCCGUUUCAAUCGCGGUUGCGCGAAUGUCAAAAAAUAGCGGCUAGCUUGUUACCUCAUGUUUGAUUAAUUGUUGACAUAACAAUAAACAAACUGAAUUACGAAUUGCAUUUAAUGAUCUGAUCUGCAAUGGGAGAAGUCGACAACGCUCAAAUUAUCGCCAUUCCAGAUGAUGUUUGUAGUAGAAGAGGUAUUGCCGCUACUUGGAGUGGCAGUAACAAAAUUGGUAUCCAUGCUUACAAACAUGUUAAUGCCUAUUCAGAAGAUGCACCGAGCAAUAUGGCUCCAUGCGCAGCCAAAAUACAUUUACUCCGACCAGAAGUGAUACUUUUUUCUCCGAUGCUUCGAAAACUGGUGAAUGAAAGUAACGGUGUAUUUCUAUCAAUAAAAAAAAUCAAAUCAACUUCAACAGGAGAAAUAAGACCGGAGCUUGUGAAACACAGCAAACAGUAUCGAUCUAUAUUGCGUGCUUGCGUAGAAAAUUUGCAAGAUGUAGCAGAAAAGUCACAAUCUGAAAACAAAACAGUAUUGGAAAAUUUCCUUACAAUAUUUUACAACGUCGAGUGUGUUUGGCAUCUCACUGAAAUUCUUUACAUCGAUGCUAUUCCAGGCGAUGUUGUACUUCCACAGCUGUUGGAAUGGAUACGGUUUCAUUUUCCAUCCCGAGAACUGACGGCCAUGAAAAUAUUAGCAAAAAAGGCAAUAGGCGCAGAGCUUGAAAACAUGAAUUAUUGGGAAGCUGUCAUUGGCUGUGCAUUGCAUGGGAAACUUGAUCUAGUCAGAGCCCUUUUGUCGCUUCAUAGCAAAGCUGAUCAUCCAGCGUUCAUAACUGCUGACAAUACUCUCAAAACAAUGCCAGUUUACAACGUUUAUGGCGGCUAUUCCGUUAAUGAAUUCACUAUGCGAUGGAAACAUUGGCAACUCGAUCUAUCGUCGAACGUCAGUUGUAAAACCUUUGCGGCUGAUGAAAAUUUGGAAAGCUUGAUGAAGCUCGUACUUGGCGAAGAGUCAGUUCUAUGGGAGUUCUCAAAAUAUACCGAAGCUUGGUACGAAUUAUUGGCUGCCAAGUUAUUCUACUCAACCCCCUGCUGCAAACAACCAGAAUUAGCACGUCACGCCAAUAGUAUAGCAGAGAAAUGGCGGGCCAGUCGUAAUCUCGAUCAUGUAAUACUUGCUCUUAUGGAAAGCGAUUUGCAUCAAGUUAUCAAAGAAAUUCAAUAUAUGAGUGACAACGGAUGGUUCGCUGCUCACCUAACUGAUUUACUCUACAAUUGUGAGAAACUCAAUAUCAUCGACAAAAAUCAGACAAACGUAACAGCCCAACUUCACGAAUCGUUAAUUCUCGACUACGGUAGCACUCUAAUGAGUCAUCCAUCGCUCUGGCAAUGUGGGGCAAGUUAUUUGGAGCAUUGUCCAAUGCAAGGUGCAGCUCGAUUAGAGACACUAUUACAAUCAAUGCCCAUGGGUACUGAAGCAAAAAUAAACAAAAUAAUCAGUGUAGCACGAAGAAAUAAUAUGAGCAACGUUGUUACGAGCAUCUGCAAAAUUCAAGGGAUGCGAUGUAUUCGUCGCAGAAGAUUGGGCAAUGCUCUUGCUUGGGCUUUAAAAGCUCAAGAUGGUGAUUUCGCGACAUACAUUGCUGAUCAAUUUCUCAAACGUUAUGCUGACGAGGGUGAAUUGGAAUGUCGUGACUUGCUCGAAAACCUCGGCCCUUGUAUGCUCACCAGUGACAGGCUAACUUUUCUCGGCAAAUACUGCGAGUUCCAUCAAAUGUAUGGGAUCGGAGAGUUCAAAGAAGCUGCCAGUUUACUCGUUUCCCUCCUCGUUUCGAAUUUAACCCCGAAAUACUUCUGGUCCAUCCUCUUAACCGAUGCCAUACCGUUGCUCGAAGCUGAGGACAUAAUACUAUCAUCCGAGGACAGUUUCGAGCUGAUGCGUUGCGUAGAAAAUCACGGGGAUGAUCUGAAAUUUCAGGAAAAAAUCGAGAUAUUCAGACUCGCUGUAGCUCGGAAUUUGGCUCGAGCAUUGAAUAUCGAGGGUUGCGGAGCAGAUCAUUAAAUAAAAUUCUAUAACCCACGACCCAACGUUCCGAAAACCCUUUCUCAAAGUAGCCGGAUCUCUUUCACGGUAUGUUCCGGUACCCUAUUUUCUAUAAUUUCUUAACUAUUCCAAUGAGAGAAGGAAUUUAAGGGGAGGAGAAAUAAAAAUUUCAGUAUUUUCA